ACUACGGAAUCCGAGUCCGCCGUUUGUUGUUAUAGCUGCUGCUGCUGCUUGGUAUUGGGCGGGUGAGGGAUGGCGAAGACGGCAGCGCUUGGAUGCGAGCCGGUGGUGGGGACGCUGGUUGCAAAUAAGAAGAGAGAAUACAAGGUCAGCAACAGGGUGGCAGAAGGCAAGCGCCCUCUCUACGCCAUCGCCUUCAACUUCGUCGAUUCCCGCUACUACAACGUCUUCGCCACUGUCGGUGGCAAUCGAGUGACUAUUUACCAAUGCCUUGAAGGAGGUGUUAUUGCAGUGUUGCAAACAUACAUUGAUGAAGAUAAGGAUGAGUCAUUCUACACUUUAAGCUGGGCAUGUAAUGUUGACGGGGCUCCUUUCUUGGUUGCGGGUGGAAUCAACGGUAUAAUUCGUGUCAUUGAUGCUGGCAGUGAAAAGAUACAUAAGAGUUUUGUUGGCCAUGGGGAAUCGAUAAACGAAAUCAGGACUCAAGCUCUGAAACCUUCACUUGUAGUGUCUGCAAGCAAGGAUGAAUCAGUUCGGCUAUGGAACGUACAUACUGGCAUAUGCAUUUUGAUAUUUGCUGGAGCUGGUGGCCAUCGGAAUGAAGUUUUGAGUGUUGACUUCCAUCCUUCUGACAUAUACCGCAUUGCAAGUUGUGGAAUGGAUAACACUGUUAAGAUUUGGUCAAUGAAAGAGUUCUGGACGUAUGUUGAGAAGUCUUUUACAUGGACCGACCUUCCAUCCAAAUUCCCCACAAAAUAUGUACAGUUCCCCGUUUUCAUUGCUUCCGUUCAUUCCAACUAUGUUGACUGCAAUAGGUGGCUUGGAGAUUUCAUUCUAUCAAAGAGUGUUGACAAUGAAAUCGUUUUGUGGGAACCAAAAACCAAGGAACAAAGUCCUGGAGAGGGCGUUGUUGACAUUCUUCAGAAAUACCCUGUGCCAGAAUGUGAUAUUUGGUUUAUCAAGUUUUCAUGUGAUUUUCAUUACAAUGCGGCAGCAAUAGGGAACAGGGAAGGCAAGAUUUACGUUUGGGAACUCCAAUCCAGCCCACCUGUGCUCAUAGCCAGGUUAUCUCAUAUUCAAUGUAAAUCUCCUAUUAGACAGACGGCCAUGUCCUUCGAUGGAAGUACCAUACUCAGCUGUUGUGAGGAUGGCACAAUCUGGAGGUGGGAUGUAGUCGCCUCCUAAACACACCGAGUUACAACAUGAGGAUGUCUCUUAUCCAUAUUAUUCUCAGACGAGAAAUGUCUGGGCAGGAAACUGAAAGUUGGGAUCAGAAGGGCAGAAAUGCUCACACAACAUUUCCUUUCCAACGCUGUUUCUCCCCUUUGCAUAUGGAGACUUGAAGUUUGCUUUCUUCCUUCAAAAGAAUUAUAUAUGUAUUUUUGCAAGAUUUGGCGCAAAGCUGCUGGUGGUGAACUUAUUUGUUAAAAUGUUGUAGGACUUUUUUUUUAAAAAGUUGGAGGUGUAGUUUGAAAACUCGACUUGUUUCGGGUUGACUUGAUCACUCGAUCGAGUCUUUACUUGAUGUUUUAUAACUAAAUUAAAUACAUUUAUGAUUGCAA